AUGACACAAAUGGAAUUCUCAGGGCUUCAGAAGCUCGUGCCAGAGUUGAUGGAAGCGCUCCGUCGAAUCGAGGCAAACUCCGAUAAGUUUGAGAAGAGACUCGAUUCGCUCGAGACCGGCUUCGGUAUGGGAUCAAAUUCGGCCGAGUCGAACAUUGAUACAAGCUUCAGUACCAAUGCUGAACAGGUUGGCUCUCCCGAAGAGAGCGUUGAACUCCUUGACACGACCGAGGAAAGGCGUCCUUGUGGGCCAGGCGAAAUUUUCCUGGGUGUAUUCUUUUUGUGUUUGGCUCUUUUGGUUCCCUUUGUUUUUCUUCGUCUUUUGUAUAUUCUGUUUUUUGGAUAG